GAUCUGAAACUACAACAACUGCAGAAAUGUCACUUCUUCAUUUCGCGUUAAUAUGUUCAUAGUUUAAAACAUGUGGGCGUUUAAAGCGAAUUUGGUAUUUUCUGUGCUGUUUGUCGUGUUUGGUGCUGCGCUUGGAUUCCUGGGAAAUGGAGAUACAUUUCGGCGGAAGGUGUCUCUAGAGCUGAAUCCCGGUCUGACUCCUCCGUGGGUUCUACCUCCUGGUGUGGGUCUGGUUCAUGUGCGAGGGCUGGGGCUCAAUGACACGCUGCACUUCUUGCUGUGUAAUCAUGGAGCUCCAGCUCUGCUGAUGGUUCACACGAACAGCACACAGUCAGCAGUGCAGGUGGACUGGCCUGUGUUUAUCAACCGCAGUUCAUCAGGCAGCCUGAAGGUGGAGCCGCAGAGCAGUGUGCAGUACAGCAGCGCACUAGUGUUCACCAGAGUGUGGGAGUAUGAUGAUGUUAAUAACACCGCCGACCCACAGCAGACCGCAGAAUCCAGCUUUUACCCUCCAUACGAGCUCCAGAACUUCAUCUGGUCCGACCCAAAGAUCACUGUUAACCAGACAGGUCACACAGUAACACUGUGCGGCAGAGAGAAAACGGAGAGUUUCCUCAACGGCUCCCUCUGUCUGCAGUUCUCAGCGUUUGAGUCAGUGGGUCGUGAUAAAGCCUGGCCGAGUCUCCGUCAUAACGCCAACUCCUCGCAGCUGCGCGUGUGGCUGGAAGGCGUGACGCCGCGAGGAAACCGCUCCAGAUUCGCUCUGGAGUUUCAGUCCGUAGGCGACUCUGGAUUCCAGGGACGAGUGGAUGUCCACAGCUCCAUAGACGAUGAGUACACACCCUCCAUCUUCAAGGUGUCUCAGUGGGUGUCGUUUCCGGUGAACAGCAGCGGUGUGUGGGGUUAUAAUCAGUGGAAGCCCGUGGCGUAUCGUAAAGCCGAGCCGGUGUUUGAGGACGCCACACCUUGCAAACACUCCCAGCUCGUGUCCAUGAAGCGCAUCCCUCAGUCCGGUCUGGUUCAGGCGUAUUUCACAGAGGAUCUUCAGACGUACGGCCUGAACAUCAGCUUCGGCAUCAAUAAAGACCCAGUGUUUUACAGUGACACCAAAUACAUCAGCUGGUGAGUGUGAUGAGCAAUAGAGACUGAACUGAGAACAAUCAAUAAAGCGAGGCUAUGAGG